AGACCCAUAAAUCGGACACGUCAAUAAUCGCGCGUCAUUUGGAAGUGAACAAACUCUCUUGGACGGACUUGUCUAAAUGAAGAAGAUAUGACGCUACAUCUGACCCAGAUUUUCUUUGCGAAUGUGGUUGUCAUGUUGUCACAGAGUCAAGGCGUGGGUCCCACGUCUGUUAAAGAGUGUGCGGAACAAGGGAAGUGUUACUGGAAGGGUGAUUGCAAAUCUCCCGGUAGGCGGCGAAUGUGGCAAUCAGAGGAGGAGUGUGCAGACAUGUGGUGCCACGCCUACCACAUCAAGAAAUACAUUGCGAUUCGGGUACAGAGGUUUUAUGGAUGUCGAUACAAAGACCAGUGUAGAAAGAAAGAUGAAGUAUGGGAGGAGACUGGAUGUGUCAAAAGGAGGUGCCUAAUCAGUGGUCCACGUGGUUACGAGAGAAUGGUGACAGUGUCUCAGCUAGGUUGUUUAGAUAAGAGGGGGGCGUGUCACUAUCCAGGAAACACGUGGGAAGAGGACUGCGUCCGAUACCAAUGUGUCAACAAGAAUAACAAGACGUCGAUACGGGCAGUCCAGAAAGUCAUCUCGAGAGGUUGUCCAUUCAACGGAACGUGCAUAGCCGAAGGGGGCGUGGCUACAGAUCCCGAGAGGAAAUGUAUUACCAAACGUUGUGUUGUAGGAAAAAGGAAAACAGGUGGUUUCUUCCGGUCAGUGGAUGUUGACACCAUCAAAUGCCAGGACGCCAAUGGAAUAUGUCAUGAUGAGUCCGAAAAGGGAUGGCCACUAUCUAUCCAUGGAACCUUAUAUAACAACUGUCAUUGUAACAUUACCAGGAAACCCGAUGGCUCGGUAUCCAUUCGAAAAGGGUGUGAAUAAUAACUGAUGUUGAGUGCAUUUAUAUUGUUUUGCACUUUUAUCCCCAACUAUCAAAGUUCUCAAACAAUAAAAAAAAACCCAGCAA